CGUUGCUAUGGUGAUCGCCGGUGCAAGCUGGACGCUUGGACGCGCCGCUGCCAGUCCAACGCAGACCCCGCCCACGACGUCGACGAUUCGCGUAGCCCGCAGGUCCCGCGUGGCUCUCGUUGCCAUGGUGAUCGCCGCCGCUGGCUCAGGCAGACCAGGCCGCGCGGAGCCCCAGCUUUCACAGUCAUCGCUGAUUAGGAGCAGGAGACCCCUCCCCACUCUACUUCGACUGCCUGAGCUGUACCAUGCCUCACAGCCCAGUAAGAGACUGAGGUCUCACUUUGUUGUCCAGACUGGUCUCAACCUCCUGGGCCCAAGUGAUCCUCCCACCUUGGCCUCCCAAAGUGCUGGGAUUACAGGCAUGAGCCACUGCACCCAGCCUGGAUCUGAUGAAAAGUUAGGUGGAAACUCGUGGGUGAAUCCCCAGUGGUACACGCCGGAAGCCUGUUUGCAGCUCAGGGAGCACUUCCACGGGCAGGUCAGCGCUGCCUGCCAAUGCAGGAACACGGGGACUGUCGGGCUCAAACUCUCCAAGGUGGUGGUGGUUGGCGAUCUCUACGUGGGGAAGACCAGCCUCAUCCACAGGUUUUGCAAGAAUGUUUUUGAUCGAGACUACAAGGCCACCAUUGGGGUAGACUUUGAAAUUGAGCGCUUUGAGAUUGCUGGGAUUCCCUAUAGCCUCCAGAUCUGGGACACAGCUGGGCAGGAGAAGUUCAAGUGCAUCGCAUCUGCCUACUACCGGGGCGCCCAGGUGAUCAUCACGGCCUUUGACCUCACUGAUGUGCAGACCCUGGAGCAUACCAGGCAGUGGUUGGAGGAUGCUCUGAGGGAGAACGAGGCAGGCUCCUGCUUCAUCUUCCUCGUGGGAACCAAGAAGGACCUUCUGUCAGGGGCCGCGUGUGAGCAGGCUGAAGCAGAUGCUGUGCACCUGGCCAAGGAGAUGCAGGCCGAGUACUGGUCGGUGUCGGCCAAGACCGGCGAGAAUGUGAAGGCAUUCUUCAGCCGCGUAGCUGCCCUGGCAUUUGAGCAGUCGGUGCUGCAGGACCUGGAGAGGCAGAGCAGUGUCCGGCUCCAGGUCGGCGACGGAGACCUAAUCCAAAUGGAAGGGAGUCCGCCUGAGACCCAGGAGAGCAAGAGGCCUUCCAGCCUGGGCUGCUGCUAGCUGGGGCCUGCAUGGAAGGCCUCCGCUCCCUGCACACACACAGACAGGAACUUCCGUGACUGUGGUGCAGAGACUGGAGCCCAAGCUCUGCAGCAUCUCGCCCUCAAGCUGUAGGCCCGUGUUCCAGUCCCUCCACCCACCCACCGGGCUCAGCUCCAGGGCACAGUCACUUCUCCGUUGCAGGUUGGGCGCUAGAAAAAGCCCCCACUGGCUGCCUGGGAGCCCCACACCACCGGGCCAGUGCAGGCAUCGUGGUGAUCCCCUGAAAGGCCAGUCCAUUUGCAGGGUCAUCAGAAGUCACCUUUGGCCUCAAGAGGCCUCAGAACUGCAAACUCCUGCGCCGGUCUAUACCACUCGGCCAUGGCCCACAUUAGCAGUCAACCCUGCACUCUUUCCCAGCGAUCUUGGAUGUGUCCCAUGUGUCCCCAGGAUCCGUCAAAGUGUUCCAGGCAACCUGGACUUGUCAAAGUCAGCACCCGAGGGAGAGGCCACCUGCCAUUCCCCCUGGGAGUUUUCUGCUGUCAGCAGGACUUAUGGUUCUGGGUCUCAGAGCUUCAGGCCUCACUGUCCUUCUGCCCCGGAUGCUCAAGGUUCCUGGGCAGACCAGCACCUCUGGAGGACAAUGGACAAAAGGUCUCUUAGACCUGUUCUGACUGAAGGGUUGUCUCUGGCACCUCUGAGAUCCCUAGGUCUUGCCCUCCUGGUCUGUAGGCCAGGAUGUGCAGAACAACCACUCAGGCCUUUCUGGCCCACCUGGACAGUGCAUUUACCUGUGUGCUGUGGGAGGCAGGCUGCACAGCUGCCCUACGGUAACUCACUCUGCAGCCCUUGAACGUGGCACUGCCCUCCUCUGGCACUCAUGCUGGGCCUGUGCCCACUGCUGCCUCUCCAUCCCUCUCUCAUUGGCCUACACAUCUCUUAGGACCUUUGUAAUGGUGUCCAUGCACCUUUGGAGGACUUCAGAGGCCCUGCCAAGUCUAGCAUGUUCCCGUCUCCAACACCACCUCCUGCACAUGCAGAGCAGGCAGAAAUACCCCACACAUUCCCCAGCCUCUCUGCCCAGUAUGCUCAUCCACAGGGUCUUCUCACUGCUAUGAACCAGCCCCACAGCCCCAGGCUCCUGUCACCUGGCUAUGCCCACUCAUCCCACCCAUCUCGUGCUGUUGUUUCCCGUAGAUGGUGAGCACCUUGCAGGCAGCCUUCUGAUCAGUGCUGUUCUCCUAGGGCCUGGAACACUGCAGCUGCCCUGUAAAUGUUCUGCUCAGUGAUUGCCAAAUACCAGUUAGGGAAGAACACUGGCAUCUUUUUCUAUUCAUUCCCCCUUCAACAUAUUUUUUGUACUUUUUUAUAUAAAUGACUUUUUUUUUUUUUUUUUGAGAUGGAGUUUCACCCUUGUUGCCCAGGCUGGAGUGCAAUGGCAUCAUCUCGGCUCACUGCAACCUCUGCCUCCCAGGUUGAAGUGAUUCUCCUGCCUCAGCCUCCCAAGUAGCUGGGAUUACAGGCAUGUACCACCAUGCCUGGCUAAUUUUGUAUUUUUAGUAGAGAUGGGGUUUCUCCACGUUGGUCAGGCUGCUCUCAGACUCCUGAUCUCAGGUGAUCCGCCCACCUCGGCCUCCCAAAGUGCUGGGAUUACAAGGGCGAGCCACUGCACCCAGCCAUAAAUGAUUUUAUUCAUUUUUCUGUUUUCUUUUGGGCGGUGGGAUGGAGUCUCUGUCGCCCAGGCUGGAGUGCAAUGGCAUGAUCUUGGCUCACUGCAAGCUUCCCCUUCCGGGUUCAUGCCAUUCUCCUGCCUCAGCCUCCCGAGUAGCUGGGACUACAGGCACGUGCGACCACGCCAGACUAAUUUUUUAUAUUUUUGGUAGAGACAGGUUUCACCAUGUUAGCCAGGAUGGUCUCGAUGAUCUGACGUCGUGAUCUGCCCGCCUCGGCCUCCCAAAGUGCUGGGAUUACAAGCCUGAGCCACCACAUCCGGCCUCCAUAAAUGACUUUUAAAGGGGUUGCCUGUUUAGUGUGAACAAAGACAGUAGAAAGCAUAUAAAAUACAAGGUGGAAGCCCCCCCCCAACAUUGGCUGCACCCCUGAAGUAAGCUCUGCUAACAGUUGGGACUAUUUCUUCUGGACUCUGCGCCUUUGCCUGCACAGCCAGUGUUGAUGGCUUGUUUGUUGUUUUCACCAGAGUGAGCUCCUGGACAUACUGCCUGGCAGCCUGCCUUCCUAGGGAGCUGGCGCCGAGCCCUCUCCCUGAUGGCACAUGAGGAGCCUCCUUCCUGUAGCAGUGCCCAGUUUUCCCUUCAUGUGGAUGGACUGUAGUUCAUUUUACCCUCUCCAUCCGCGGGCCAUCUGGCUUGUGUCCAGCUUUUAGCUCUUACUGAUGGUGCUGCAGUGGCCAUUCUUGUAGUUACAGCUUUGCGUACUCAGGAAGGCCCUUCUCCGGACUGUGGCCCCCAGCCUGGUCCACUAAGUGCAGCCUGUGGUCGGGCAGACAGCAUUGGAGUCCAUUAGGAAGACCAGGUUUGCUGGGCAUAAGCUUCACAGGAUGGGAGAACCUGGCCAUGGUGGACUAUCGUUCUCCACAGCUCCCUUCCCUUGCCCCUUUGGGCCUCCAGGAUGUGUUUGCGGGGGUGGGUGUGGUGUCCAGCUGUUACCAGCUUCUGAGCUAGAGCUGCACUGCCUCACGUACACCCCCACCUCUGUAAAUGGUCCUUGAUUAAAUCCCCCUCAUACUA